UUAAAACCCGGAGUUAUUUAUUAACUAAUAAUUAGACUGUUUCUUUAAUUACAACAAUCUAAAUGUCCAUCCACAAAAAAAUAUCACAAUCCGUAAGUCCACGUUUGCUCUCCCCACUGGAGCUCGGCUCGACAGUGUGUCUCUCUGAUGUUAGUCUCUUACCGCAAACUGUGGUCCCAACACCACUCACUCGCACCACUCACUCGUCCCGGGUGCCUCGUUCCCCCGAUGCUCCGAUCUUCGCGCGCGAAGUCCGUAUCUCGUCGCCCACUAUCGCUCGCCAAAGGAGCCACUCACCCUCUUCUCUUCACUCUCACUAUUCAGAGGAUUCACCAGGUUCGUGCCCUCACCGGUGACGUCACCAGCCUCCCACUCGCUCCGCCGGAGAUAGACAUCGUCUUACACACCUGCCAACUCCCGCCCUGGAAGUAUUUAAAAACAAACUUGGGUUGUAAUGUUUUUGAGUGCAUCUGAGCAGUAAAUGUGGGUCCUCACCAGUAAACAAGCCGCGAUGGGCGUGUUCUCGGGCUCCCUGCUCCUGCUGCUGGCGACGCUCGCCGCCUACGUGUACGUGAGCUUCAAGCGCAAGUACAAGUACUGGGAGAGGAAGGGGGUGGCCCACGUGCCUCCCCCCAGCUUCCUGUUCGGCAACACGCGCGACUUCACGCUGAUGAGGCGCGGCAUCGCCGGCGUGCUCGCCGACAUCUACAAGGCCGCGGAGGGCGAGCCCUUCGUGGGGCUGUUCCAGUCGCGGCAGCCCUUGCUGCUGGCCAGGGACCCGCAGUUCGUGAGGAGGGUGCUCGUCGCAGACUUCGCGCACUUCGCGGACCGCGACGUGGACGUGGACGAGCGCGACAACCCGGUGGACUCGACCAACCUCAUCUUCCUCAAGGGCGAGCGCUGGCGCGCCCUCAAGAUGAGGAUCACCCCUACGCUGAGCGCCUCCAAGGUCAGGGGCAUGUUCGCGACCAUGGCCGAGUGCGCCUCCAACAUGGCGGACGGCCUCCGAGGGCCCGCGGCGGCCGGGGGCUCGGUGGAGAUGCGCGACGUGGCGGGGAACUACACGACGGACAUCAUCGGCACGUGCGCCUUCGGCCUGGCCAUCGACUCCGUGAGGAACCCCGACUCGGAGUUCCGGCGCAUGGGGAGGAAGGUGUUCGCCACGACGCUGGGGCUCGUCCUCCGGCGGCUGACCAUCAUCAACUACCCGGCCGUGGGCAGGCUGCUGCGGCUCUCCUACUUCAACACCGAGGUCACGGGCUUCUUCCGCCGCGUGGUCAGGGACAUGGUGGAGCACAGGCAGAGGAACGGUGUCUCCAGGGACGACUUCCUGCAGCAGCUCAUCCGGCUCAAGAGGGACGGCAUCGUGCUGGAGGACAGAAGCGCCGACGAGGACGACGAAGGCCUGAUGCAGCAGCUCAGAGACGCCGGGACCGGCAAAGAGGACAAGGUUUUCGAGAUCACGGACGACCUGCUGGCGGCGCAGUGCUUCGUGUUCUUCACGGCCGGCUACGAGACGUCGUCGGCGACCAUGGGCUUCUGCCUGUACGAGCUGGCGCUGAACCCGCGCGUGCAGGAGCGCCUCAGGAGCGAGGUGGACGCGGCGCUGUCGGCGGCGACGGCGGGGUCGACGCGGGACGACGGCGGCUGCGCCAUCACGCGCGAGUGCGUGCAGCGGAUGGAGUACAUGGACGCCGUGGUGCACGAGACGCUGCGGAAGUACCCUCCAGUGGCUGUCCUGACCCGCGGGUGCACGCUGCCGUACAACCUCCCUGGAGCCUCGGAGCCCAUAGAGAAGGGAGUCCGCCUCUUCGUUUCCGUUUACGGGAUACACCACGACCCCAAGUACUACCCCGACCCGGAGAAGUUCGACCCGGAGCGGUUCUUGCACCAAAACAAGCACCGGACCCGCAGUCCUGCCUACUUGCCUUUCGGCGUCGGGCCGCGCAUGUGUUUGGGUUCUCGUUUCGGCCUUCUGCAGAUCAAGGUUGGAUUGGCAGCGCUGCUGUCUAAGUAUCAGUUUGAUACAGCCACAGACACAGAGAUUCCUCUGCAGCUGAACCCGAAAUCGUUCAUACUGACGCCUAAAAAUGGCGUUAAACUUAAGAUAAGCAGCAGGAAAUAAAAACCGUUAUGUAUGCUCUUCUCAUCACAAAAUUGUUUUUUUUUUCUUUUCUUUUCGCAAGUAUAUUUUAAUUAUCUAAAUAUUUGAAAAUCUAUACUAGUCUACCAACGACGUACAAUUAUUUUAACUUAACAUUUUCAUUUUGUUUGAAGUGUAAAGGUAAAUAUUAAAUAUUUCAUACUUGAUAUGCUGACUGUAAUGAGAUAUUCGCUGUGCAACUAAGUAACCAGGCAUAUCUGCACUGCCUUCGCCCAUAUCAGAGCUCGUCUUAAUUCCGAGUUCAUAUUGUUUUCAAGUUCUUUUUGUCUUCGAGUUAAUUUUGUUUUUUGUAUAUAGAUUUUAUUGAAUAUUAAGUCCCAUUACUGGGAAGAUAUUGAUUAUAAUCCCAUUCUUAAUAAAAAUUUCAGUAUUAAUGAAGAAUUAUGGAAAUGACUUGACCCAUAACUAGUAUUAAAAAAGAAAGUGCGUGAUAUAUCAACAUGUCAACAUGUCUUCAAUAAUUUGUAGAGACUUAAACUUAUCUACUGGAAUUUCUGCAAUCCUCCAUCGUUUGGAGUUUUAAAUUUAAAAUAAUAAAAAAACAGAGGCAAUUUAAAAAUAAAAUACACAUUCUCAAGACA